UGAAUAUGCAAGGCCCUAAAUUAGUGUAACAAAUUCUGACUCCAAAUUUUGGGACUUUUUCAAAACCUUGUCUUUCUCGUGUCUCUGCUUUGUGUUGGGAUCCUCUGGAGCUUCUUCGCAAACCAAAAGAUUGCAAAUUUUGGUGUCAACAUAGAUUUUGUGGUAAAUGUUUCUAGGUUUCUGCUGAAGGUCUUUCAGACAUUCUUUGAGCAUUCUCUAGAUGAUCUUUGGCGGAAGGAGAGAACCCAGGGAAUGCUGAAAGAUGUGCCUUACUGUUCAGAAUUCUGUCUCUGAAGUUGAGGAGAUUGUCGCUUCACUAGAGCUAUCCUUAUUUAUGCUUGAUGAGACUGGAUGUAUAAAUAAGAGUUCAUAUGCUCCUGGUUUCCAAAAGCAAGAUGGGCCUGCCCGUCACUAUAGAGUGCCUGUUGAUCUCUGUGAAGAUGGUUGAGCGCUUAUAAUACUAGUACCUCCUGCACUGUAUUAGAUAAGUUGUGUUGGCAGGAGUAAGUAGUGUGUUGUUGUGUGUUAGGUAAUGCUUUCAAUGGAAAAUAAAUCAAAUGUGUUGAUGCAAAGUUAUGAAUUGGGGAGACUACUGGGGCAGGGAACCUUUGCGAAGGUUUACCAUGCGAGGGGUAUAAAAACUAAUCAGAGUGUGGCCAUCAAGGUAAUAGACAAAGAAAAGGUUUUGAAGGUUGGACUCAUUGAGCAGAUCAAGCGAGAAAUAUCUGUUAUGAGACUGGUUAGACACCCUAAUAUCAUACAGCUCUAUGAGGUCAUGGCUACCAAGACUAAGAUUUACUUCGUCAUGGAAUAUGCUAAGGGUGGUGAGCUAUUUAACAAGGUGUCUAAAGGAAAGCUGAAGGAGGAUGUUGCACGGAAAUAUUUUCAGCAGCUACUCGAUGCAGUUGAUUUCUGUCACACUCGGGGUGUUUAUCACCGUGAUAUAAAGCCAGAGAACCUAUUACUUGAUGAAAAUGAGGAUCUGAAGGUCUCUGAUUUUGGGUUAAGUGCCCUUGCUGAAUCAAAGCGCCAAGAUGGGCUACUCCAUACCACUUGUGGCACUCCUGCUUAUGUCGCUCCUGAAGUCAUUAACAGGAAAGGCUACGAUGGGGCCAAAGCUGACAUUUGGUCUUGUGGGGUGGUUCUGUAUGUCUUAUUGGCAGGUUAUCUCCCGUUUCAUGACUCAAAUUUGAUGGAGAUGUAUAGGAAGAUUGGAAAAGCAGAAUAUAAGUGCCCUAAUUGGUUCCCGCCAGAAGUUCGCAGGCUGCUGUCGAAGAUGUUGGAUCCAAACCCCAGUACUAGGGCUUCCAUAGCCAAGAUUAAGGAAAGUUCAUGGUUCAGAAAAGGAUUGAACUCUAAACAUAUUAAAUCUGUGACUCGUUCAGAUAUGGAUGCUUCUGGUCCCUGUGAGAAUAGCAGUACGAGUGCUGACCCAAAGCAAGAGUCGGCUAAACCACCAAGCUUGAAUGCUUUCGAUAUUAUUUCCCUUUCCGCUGGCUUUGAUCUUUCUGGUUUAUUUGAAGCAGAUUUUCAAAAGAGAGAAGCAAGAUUUACUUCCAGAAAACCCGCCUCAGUCAUCAUCUCUAAGCUGGAAGAUAUUGCUAGGCGUUUGAGGAUGAAAGUGAUGAAAAAGGAAGCAGGUUUGUUGAAAUUGGAGGGACUAAAGGAAGGUAGGAAGGGGAUCUUGUCCAUUGAUGCAGAGAUCUUUGAGGUCACUCCGUCUUUUCAUUUGGUGGAGGUGAAGAAAUCAAAUGGAGAUUCCUUAGAAUAUCAGCAGAUAUUGAGGGAGAAUAUAAGGCCUUCUCUUAAGGAUAUUGUUUGGGUAUGGCAAGGUGAGCAACAGCAGCAACUGCCAGAGCUGCAGGAGCAGCAGCAAAAUGACCAGGAGCAGCAGCAACAUGACCAGGAGCAGCGCCAGGAACAAUAACAAUGAGAAUCAGAACACAUUGCCAAAUUGCCCAUGCCAUUAUAUGCUUGUUUAUAUAUUUGAUAAUUUGUUAUUUUUGCUGUUGUUUUUGUCCUUGCAAGUGUUGUUUCUCCCUAACUCUAUUAAUUUUCAAUCUUUGUUGUAUGUGCUUGUGCUUGAACACCUUUUAACAUAUCAUAUGAUUUUCUGGUGUC